CCAUCACAAUGCACAACCUCAAGCGGGCAUUCAAAUCCAAACCCAUGACUGAAAGCUUGAACCGCGCGACUUGGAUCUGGAGGAGUGAGGAAGUCAUCGGCAGUGAUGAUCAGAUAGAUCAGUUCGUUGCCUUCGCGCGCAAAAAUGGCAUCAAACGCGUCUACAUACACAUUAACCCGGACAUCCCGCCUCAAACCCUGGCCAACUUCGUAGGCAAAUGCAGCCCUGCCGGUAUCGCAGUCGAGGCAUUGAUGGGCGACGCCGCCUGGAUAUUUGACCCGAAAUCCCAUGAAAGCUUGCAAAUUCGUCUCCAUUGGGUGGCGGAGUAUCAAAAUCAGUACGCGAGUGAGGCGCAAAUCUUACUCCAAGGCCUGCACCUUGAUAUCGAGCCUUGGCAACUGGAUGGAUGGCGCAACGCUGAACAGCCCGAGUUGAUCAGGCAAUGGCUGGGCUGUUUCCAUUACCUCAAGAGCUGGGCCCAAACUCAGCAACCGCCGCUCCCUGUUGCAGCUGACCUGCCGUUCUGGCUUCAUACCCUGCAAUACCCGGACAACAAUGAGAGGCUAGAUGUCACUAUAAUGGCCAUCCUGGACGGGGCGGCAUUCAUGACGUACAGGAACGAUCCGCAGGGUUUGAUGGACGUUGCAGGCGAGGCAUUGUGGGCAUGUUCGAAGUGUGGGAAGAGAAGAGAGGGUAUAUACCUGGGAGUCGAGACUGUGCCGAGCAAGGAGGGGCAACAUAUCAGUUAUCACGGCUUGGGUAUUCGUAAACUCCAAGGGGAUCUUGGUUUCUUGGAAGGUGGCUAUUGGUUAAGAAAGAGAGAACCCCAUGAGAAGCAUUUCGCUGGCCUGGCUGUACACGACUAUCAUACAUGGUCCAAAAUGUAUGACUAAUUAUAUGCUGGGCGGGUGCACAUUCCAUAGUGGCAUGGUAAGCGAAAUAUAACAGAAGCUAGAG